GGGCUGGAGGGGGUGUCACUGGGAGUGUGACGGGCUCUCCUUUGGGAAGGGGCUGCCCUGGGCGUUUCAUCCUGCACCCUCCCCCAUACGGCACGCAGCGGAGAGAGAGGGCAGCGGGACUGGAAUCCCUCUCUUGCCCCCCGCCCCCAGUUGAAGACGGAAAGUGAGGAAACGGGAAGGGUUCUAAUCCCACGGUCCUCGUUGCUUUACGACUCGUGUUUUGCGACAUCUAACAUGGCUGCCCCCAUGCCACAAGUAGCCCGGGCUGCCGGCUGUGGCGGGCGGCGGUAGCGGUAGCAUCAGCAUCGACCCGGCUCGCAGGAGUUGAGGGUCCGGGGGCCAGACACUGCGCGGGGAGAAGGGCUGGACGCAGGGGGUGGCUUCGUAUCCGGCCGCCCCUGGAGGCGGCGACAGUAGUUGGGGUACAGUCGGGCACGGGGGCACUGGCAGGAGACCGGGGGGCUGGGCAGCCUGAGCGCAGGCGGGCUGGGCGCGGCCGGCGAAAGCUACUGGGGGCGAGGCGCGCGCGGGAGGGGGGGGGGGUCUAUUAAGGGGCUGGAAAAAUGUGUCCCCUGCUGCUGUUGCGUUGGGGGGGCUGCUGCUCCUCCCGGCUGCUGCCGCCGCCCCCCGGGCUCUGGUCUGCUCGGGGAGGAGGCGGCGGCGUGCGGUGGCGAAGGGGCCUGUUCUCUGGUUUUCCCUCUGCUGCGUCUCACUGGAGUAAAGUGGUGUCCGAGGCCGAGAAGAUCGUGGGGUAUCCGACCUCGUUCAUGAGCCUCCGCUGUCUGCUGAGCGACGAGCUGAGCAACAUCGCCAUGCAGGUCCGCAAGCUGGUUGGGACCAAGCACCCCCUGCUUAACACCGCCAGAGGUCUUGUGUAUGAUAGCCGGAAUAACCUACAGAUGCGAGGUUUGGUCGUAUUGCUUAUUUCCAAAGCAGCUGGUCCCAGCAACACAGCAGAGCUUUCUUUCCAGCAUGACAUGGUCAGCGGGAUUUAUUCCAGUCAAAGAAGUCUGGCAGAGAUUACAGAGCUGAUCCACACUGCCUUUCUGGUGCAUCGUGGGAUAGUAAACAUUGGCGAGCUGAAGUCCUGUGAUGGCCUACUGAAGGACAUGCAGUUUGGAAAUAAAAUAGCUGUCCUGAGUGGAGACUUUCUUCUAGCAAAUGCUUGCACAAGCCUAGCUCAGCUACAGAAUACUAAGGUUGUGGAGCUCAUAUCAAGUGCAAUUGGUGACUUAGUACAAGGAAUAUACUAUGACAAUUCUAACUUAUCAGAGCAAAACUGUCUUACACAUGAUAUUGGAAUAUCAACUUGGAAAGAACAGAUUUUCCUAUCCCAUAGUGCCUUGUUGGCAAAGAGCUGCCAGGCUGCAAUGGAAUUAGCAAAGCAUGAUUCUGAGAUCCAGGAUAUGGCAUUUCAGUAUGGAAAGAACAUGUCUAUGAGUCAUAAGCUACACUCGGACCUCCAGCCAUUUAUUAAAGGAAAAUCUAGUGACUCUGUGGCUUUUAGUUUAAAUUCUGCUCCUGUAGUCCUGCAUCAGGAGUUCCUUGGAAGGGAGGCCUGGAUUAAGCAGAUUAGAGAGGCACAAAGUAAAGGGAAUCUAAUGGACUUUACUAAGUUGCAAGAAUCAAAGGCUGGCAAAGGUGUGACUUCAGCUAUUGACCUAGUCUUACCAUGGAACAGAGCACUGGAGGCCCUGGAGAGCUUCCCUCCCUCUGAGGCCAGAUCUGCUUUAGAAAACAUGGUUUAUGCUGUGACCAGAUUUUCAUGACAUAUAAUCAAAAAAUAAACUGUUCGUUUGCAAGAAAACAACUAGAUGGAUAGAGGCUGGGACAGGAAAAAUACUGUAUUUUUAAAAGAACUAAAUUUGUUAGUUGCCUUUUUUUUUUGGGGGGGGGGGGGGGGCAUUUACCACAUUGCUGCAUGAACAGCGUUCUUUGGAACUGCUAAACAAAAUUAGGGGAAAAGGUCAAAAAUUUCACUUGUAUGCCAGAAGCUACUUGAGGCGCCACCAGUAGAAAUAAUUAAUGAGACUCACUUCUGUGACCUCAGCAAAUGGACAGGAAAUAAGUCCUUAUUGAUUGGACAUAGCCAGGGAUGGCGCCAAUGUGGUGGCCUGUGGUUUUCCUGCACUAGAGAGGACAGAGGGGGGGCCUGAAGCUGCAGGUGUCAGGAGAAACACUUUCUAAAAUUGCCAGAGAGAGGGCUGUUUAAGUCAAGAAUUAAUAUACCAAUUUAUCAACAUGAAGGGCAGUUCAGUGAAUUAAUGAGGAAAAAUCCUUUAUCUGCCUACAUGCAGUUAUGUCUCCUCACACUGUUUUUAUGUAUUCAAAUGUAAAAUUACUCUGUGCCUAAUGCUUUCAGUAUUUGAGAAACUUGCUGAGAAUGUGUCAAGCGUGGUAAGUAGGAGCUUUAUAAUGUUUAAUCAAAUAUUAAUUUGGCUCUGUUAAGAGAAUUGAUUGCCUGUGUUUUUAUGCUGUAUGUAUAAAAUACUUUGCUCUGGCUCAAAGAUGAGGUUUUCAAUGCUUUCAGGAAAAAAAAUCUUUCCCCCAGAUCAAACAAUUUGUUUCAGUGCAAUCUUACCCUAAAUAAUUUCCCAGAUUUACGUGACACGUGUUUUCACUUAAGUCAAAUAAAUGUGAAUUUGUAAUGUUCAGCAUCAAUCUUUUGGCAGAAAUGAGUGUGGAAUAGUCUUCUGUUAGCACAGGUUUUUUACUCUUCUGAAUAAAUAAUAGUACAUGAGAAUUUUUUUUAACCUUAUUGUGUCAGAUUUUAAAUCCAAUUACAGAAAAUAUAAGGAAUAUCAGAAGUCUGCAAUUUGACACUGUCUCUAGUUUGUUCAUAGGAGAUGAUUUUUGUGGUUUGCAUGCAUGCAAUCUGAGAACUUCGUUGACAAGAAGGCUGAGUUUACAUAAAUGAUCUAGAUUGAGACUCAGCUACCUUUCUUCCUUCUGUGGUGUAAUUACAGCCCAAUCUGGAGACAGCUAGCACAGCAAACAGAUUUCAUUACAUCGCUCACUCAAACAUUAAGUGAAGUUAUUUCUGUUAAAUUUACUCCUCCUCCCCCAAAAAAGUAAGGUGUCACAAAGCUUUUUUUUUAUCGUGGACCAGCAUGUUGUGUUCAGCUGAAAGGAAAAUAUAAAGCUACAUAUGUUAAAGUUCUGUGUGUGUGCGUGCGUGCGUGCGUGCACACACACAGUGUACUUGCGACAUCAAUGUACUUCCUCAGAUUUAUACAAGUGCAGUUUCAAUGCCUUUGACAGUGAACUGAAUUCUUGGAGCAUUUUAUUUUUAUUCUUAAAAUCUUUUACUACCUUACUAAAGUUCAGUUAAUUAGUAAUUCUAUUCAACUGUGUAUAAAAUCAGACUUUGUCUUAAAACAUUACGUUCUCUAAGAGCCAUAUGUUGCUUUCUCCUUACCAUGAACCUACUUUUUUUUUUUUAAAUUCAAAUGCUUCAUGGUAAUUCAGGGGCUGAUCCUGCAGGAAGCUGAGGGACUCCAGAGACAUCCUGAGUCCUUUCAACUUCCCUUGAUUUCCACUGACGACGCUCAGUAGCAUGGAAGAAACAUGCAGCAUAUUACGGGACGGGCAUAUGUUUCUUUUCCUGAAAGUGCAACUUUUAUCAACAUCUCUUACUGAAGGCAAAUAAAGAAAACUAAAUAGUAGUGAUAUUGUAGAUGGGUAGUGUCUUUGGUUGAAUUGGUGAAAAUGAACAGUCUUAUACUAAUGCCUUCAAAAUACAGAUCUAUGAUAUCUUCCAGUAAGUAUCUGGAAGCAUGAUUUUUUUGUUGUUUUGGAUCCUUCACGGAUACCCUACACUGACCCCUACAGGCAAAAUGUACGAACUGGAAGUGAUAACCUCUUGGUCAUCGAGUCAAGUUCCCUAUCAUAGGCAAUCCAGUCAUAUAAUCCUGUUCAUAAAUUUAUCAAGCUCCGUUUUAAAGGCAGUUAGGUUGUUUGCCCUCACUACUUCUAUGGAAAGGCUAUUCCAGAACAUUACUCCUUUGAUAAUAAGAAACUUUCUUCUAAUCCCCAGUCUAAAUUUCAUUCAUGGCCAGUUUAUAUCCACUUGUUCUUGUGCCAGCAUCGUCCUUUAGCUAACAGUCACUGUUGAGAAUUAUGAUUUCUGCACUCUUAGAAAUACAUAUUUCUGUUUCUGAUGACUUCUUCCCCACAUUUUAUGGGCCAGGAAGGCUCAUCAGUUUUUUCCCGUCAACACCCUUCCCCUGUUCUGCCCACCCAUAUCCUGAAGGCUAUGUGUUAUAAGUAUCAUCCUUUCGUUGAGGAGGGUUGGAGAAGUAUAGCUGCCUGCACAGUUCUAGUCACCAGUUCAGGAGUGACGCUUAGAGUGAUCAGUGCAGAAGAUGAAGCUCUGGUAUAUUUUAGAUGUUGUAUAAGAAAUAAAAACAAUGAAGCAUUCCAUAUGCUAUGCUCCCAGACAAAGAAGAGAGACAGAACUAACGUCAGAGGACAGUUUAGAAUGACCAUUUGUUAUGAAACCAAAAAUAAAGGGUGAAGCUAGGGACAUAAGCCCUUUAUAUAUUGUCUCCUUUCCCCAUCCUCGUAUUCUGGCAUAGCAAUUAGGCUGCCUCUGUUUUUGUCUUCUUUUCCUAGUCUUCAGCAUCACUGCAAAUGAAAGCAUCAGCACCUCAUGACAGAAGUACUUCAUUUUAGUUGAUACCCUUAUGUCACUCUUCCUGAGUUGUAUCCUAACUACUAUACUGCAGGUGCCACCUUACAGUUAGGCACAAAACCAUAGCUAAGCCACAUUAUUGUCUCUCAACAAACUACACUCCUUACACUAACUUGUGCCCCUUCAAGAAGCAUGGUCUCAGUGGUUAAGCUGGCUGUGCCACAGAUUUGCUGUGCAACCUUGUGCAAGCCAGUUAGCCUCUAGGUCUAUUUCUCCACCUGUAAAAUGGGGACAGCUAUGUAUUGCAAGGCUGUGAAGAUUAGUUCUUUAAUGUUUGUGAUCAUUGGAUGGAAGUUGCUAUACAGUUGGCAAAUUAUUAUUCUAAUGAAACCAUAAAAUGGCACUUCUUUGGGGAGGCAUUGUUCCCAUCAUGGCAGCUGAGGGAGGGCGAGCUGUGGACUCUUUCUCUUCCCCAUCCUUGUGAGAAGGAUGUUGGAGUGGGGAAUCUCCCUCUAGCUGUUGUUGGGGAGAAGGUCAUCUUCUUCUAAUUAUUUUCCCUUCCAUUUCACAUGAAGGAUUUCCAGUGAUUCUGAGCUGUUUGGGCCUGUUUGUACUGAACAUACCUUUGAUCAACUGGUGCGUAAAGUCAGGCAGAAUGAGUGGAGCACAUGGUACUCCAGUUUUGGGGGUUUGUUUUUUUUAAUAAAUAAAAUAAAAGGUCAUCUUCCCCCUUUUAAACUUAGACCAAAAGUUAGACAGGGCAGGACUUGCUCUGUGAUAUUCCCUCCAUUUUUUCUUUCGUUGAGCAGAUUGUUUCCUUUUUGUGCUGUAAUGUAAUUGUGCUGUCAACAGAUUUGCAAAGAAGGACACUACUGGGUCAAAUCACUAGUUGCUAUUGCUGCUCAUCAACCAGUGGAACCUCAGACAGACCCUUUGAGAGAAACCUGGGGGUACAUCAUGUUCACUGGGGGCCCCAAUCCCUCCCAUUUUACUUUAUUUGCACGGAUGUUAUAUUUGUUUUGGGGACCCCCUAAGUUCAGGGCCCUUUCACUUGUCCCUCCUUCCCCUCCUCUCCUCAGCCCUGACCUCAGAGAAGAGUGAGGUUUUGAGCCCAUUGUACUCUUCUAAAGCUUCCAGACACUUCAUCUUUACAGUGUGUAAUGAUAUACAAAGCUAAGACCUUUGCAGUCUCUCAGUCAACAAGCAGUUCAAAGGAAGAAGUAUUUUAAGAAGUAGUUAGUUCUGACAGUCUUUUCACCAGACUCUCACAAUAUCCUUUCCUAACCCAUUCCAUAAAUUGUAUUAGCUAUUUAAGGGAGCCAGGGGUCAUGGAUUUCUCCUUCAGAAUAAACUUGGUACUGUAACAUCCUUGUUUUCUGAAUGACAUUUUCCUCUAGAAUUUUGAUCCCACUUAGGUUAUUUCUAAGGGAAUUACCAAUGAUAGAUUAACUAGAUAAAACAUAAUUAGCUCAUACGACUUUAAAUUAUAAAAAAAAAAAGUUUGACACAAUUAAGAAAUUGGCAACUGAUAGCAGAGGCUUCAUACAAUCACCUGUCUUGUCUCUUCAAGCAUUUGUGUUUUUGCGUGACCCUGCCCAGAGCUCCCUUAAACUUGCUUCAGAAAUCAAUGACAUCUUCUGUAUUAGCCAGAGGAAUGCUUUGGGUCCCCCAAGUAUAGGAGAUUCCUUCUCUCUCCUACCUGUUUUAAAUGGAGAUUUUGUAUUCCUUCAUUUCCUGUGUAACCAUCUUCAGAAUGUUCUUUAUAGGAGUUUUUAACUGUGGAGAUAAAAAGAGAAACAGACUUACCUUUUUCUCUCCUUCUGCGAAACAGAACCAAAGGCAGCAUGCCACCUUAGUAUUUACCUAAUUCUGGGAAAAUAGAACAAUCGGAAAGAGAAGUGUGUGGACCAUUAUUUUAAAGUACAACUCUAUUUGCAUGAUGAAAUUGCUGUUCCCGCUGCAGUUACCAUACAGUAAAUGAACCGUUUUUCAAUAUGUUCUAGGGGAUUGUGGCCCUUAGUUAAUAAAUAGAAUGAUGGGGGAAGUGCCCCAGUAAUAAUUUUAAUAAACUUAAUUUCUCAAUUCAAUAUAGCCCUUUUAAAAAAAAAAAAGUGUUUUGGUUUCCAGUAAAAGUUUAGGAUAAGCUUUCGUCUUCAUGUCAGAAGAGCUCUGUGAAGCUCAAAAACUUCUCUUCCACCAACAGAAGUUAAUCCAAUAAAAGGUAUUACCUCUCCCACCUUGUGUGUCUCAUUCCUUUUCAUAUCCAGAAUACAAUAUUUUACAACUAGGUGGUUAUUUCUUUUGGCAUCUUGUGGCAAAAUACUCCAGAUGAAAUAUUCAGAUUUAUUUAAAAGCGUGUACUGGAUGCUGUCAUAUAUGUAGGACUAAUUAGCAAAAAAAUCUGAAACAAUUGGGGAUAACAAAGAGGGUGAUCCAUAUCCACAUGGUGGCAUUAGUGCCUGCGUUUUAGAGAGCUUUACUUAUGAGGUUUUCUAUAGACUGGCUUCUGCAAAGCAAGGGCAUGAUUAGGAAAUGAACCAUUUCCCAUCUUGGCUUGUUUUGAUGAAAGCUCUCCAACUUGCACAUUGUGUCUGAGCAUUUUUUCAUUCAUAGCAUGUGCCCAACAUAAAUUGUUUUCUGUUUGCAGCAUUUCAGAUGUACUAUUUAUAAUCUAGUUAAACAAUGCCAACUAGAGGCAGUAAAAGGUGUAUAUUUCAUAUGCAAAUCACUUCAAUAAUUUUGUACAAUUAGACUUAGUUGCUUGCAUCAUUAUGUUCAGCACCAGCAUAAAAAAAUGGGUGUAAUGGGAGAAUAUUUUUUAAAAAACAUGGUUUUUGUCUACAUUAGUCAGACUUUUCUCCAGCUUAUCAAACAAAUUUUUGUUUUGUGGGCAAGUAAACUUGUUACAUUUUUUAAAGUGUAUGGAUACACAGAACUUAUGAAUGUAUCUUCCCCCAACCCCAACACACACACUAUAUCCACACUUAGAAUUUUUUUUAAAGUAUAUGAAUCUUCAGCAAAAUAUACUUUUUCAGGAUAGUAUGAGCUAUUUGAAAGUAGGGAAUGGAAUAACAAUAGGUGCAUUCUCAACAGUAGUGUCAGUACAAAUACUGCUAUAAGUUGGAGCUGGUUGGAAACAUUUUUUGACAAAUUUUCUUGAAAAAUGGUUCAAUUUUCCAACCAGCUGUAUUAAAUAUAAUUUGCUUAAUAGCACUAGUUACAGUUCUGUCUAGUCUUCUAUUAUAAACCAUAUUUUCACUGCUCAUAACUUUUUUGGAAGCAUUUUUUGGCUGAAAUUCCCAUUGGCCUUUCUCCAAAAGUGAUUUUUUUGUUUUUUGAGGUUGGGUAAAAUCUGUUCACUUUUUUAGACAUGAGGUUGAGAAAAUCAUACUUUUUACUGCCAUAAAAUUAUUUUUUUUAAUUUGUAUAAAAAUUGCAAGCCAACACUGAGUUCUCACUAAAAAUUAAUCUUCAAUUUACCAAAAUUAAUUUAUUUUAACAAAUGAAGUGUUUAAACUUAGAUUUUUUUUGUUAAAUUAGUAUGAAACUACACUGUAAGACUAAGAGGAGUUAUUAAUUACUUAAGGAAUUUCUUAAAAGAGAAAAAUAUUUUCUCCCUUCUCCGACUGUUGAUCUUUUUCCUAAUUGUGUCCAGUUUCAUUGUUUCCAUAUUUACAGAGCUCUGUGCAGCCUGAUAAUCGGAUAACAGAGUACAGAAUGUCUAUUUUAUAUUGCAGCCAUUUGUUUUCAAUUGAAUACUUUACACAGGUCUACCCUGAAACUUCUUGUGAACAUUGUUUCUGCCAUAACUGGGUAAAAAUAAAAUGCUACUUUCAGAUA